GGUGGAAUGAUAAAAAUAAUAAGUUUAAUAAAUUAAACAAAAUGACAUCUAGAGGUUGUACAAAAUCUUAUAAUCGCAAGAUAAACAGUGUUAUUACAUCAAAUAGUAUUCAAUUUGAUAAACUUUUUCGAGAAAAUAGUAAUCGCCCUUCUGCUGCAAAAUCAGCUGGAACAGUUGGAAAAUGGGGAAUAACAUCGUUUACUUCUAUACGUAGUACAAAUAUUAAUGGAAGACGCAGUAUUGAUGGACGAAACAAUUAUGGAACCAAACGGGCAAAGCUUGAUUAUGGAAAUCAGAAUGCCGACGAAAAGGAUAUUUUUUCGUAUAAUUUAAAUGAAGAAAGUAAUUUAGAUGUUAACAAACCAAAAAAGUUUUUUAAAAGUAGAAUUAUAACAUCGACGCUAGAAGAAUCUCGGUCUGGUAUUGAAAUUUGUCAAUCAAUUUCUAAUACUAAUUUAAAUCAAGAUUCAGAUGAAAAGUUGCGAUUAAAUGAAAAAUCUUCUGUAAAUAUGAAAAAAAGUGAUAAUUCCCUUGAUUCAGUUGUAGAAGCGUCUUAUAGAGAUGAAGGAAAGCCACCUAUCGUUUUAAGAAUAUGUAAAGGUACAGCCAGACUAGUUUGUUCAGAAGAGGCUGAUCAUGAAAAUUAUCGAAUUUUAACUACUUCACCAGAUCCAAAAAUAAUUAUUAAUCAAAAAGUGAAUUCGCAGUAUUCAAAACCAGACAUUAAGCCGAAUCGUGUGACUAAUUGUGAAUCACCUAUUAUAACAUCAGUGUGUACUUUAGAUAAAUCGGAAAUGAGAACUACACGAAGUCGAUCAAAAAAUUUAAGACUCGAUGUUUCUCCAAGUACUGUAAAUUCAUUAAUUAAUUCCCAAAAUUCUGGCUUAUCAUUGACAUUAAGAAAAUCUGUAACUGAUGCUAAUAAUACACUUGUUUCUCAUUAUGAUAUUGUAAAGACUGAAUGCACUUCUACCUGUAGUAAUAAAGUAAAUGAAAAUUUAGUAAAUCAUGAUCAACUGUUGCCAACGACAACGCAAGAAUUGAUCGAUAUUUUAUCCAAUGAUGUUGACCACACACAAAAUAAAUCAUUUAUUGAUAAUAAAAUUAUUACAAAAAUUGAACAAGAGACAAAUUAUGAGAAAGAUCAUCUUGUAAAAGAUACUACGCAAAAAAUAGCUUUUAAAAAUUUAGAAAUUAAUUCAUUAGAUGACGUUAAUAAAAAUGAACAAAAAGUUAACAUAGAAACUGAGCAGCAUAUCAAACAUGGAUCUUGCAAAAGUGACUCAUUAGUAAUAAAUAAAGAUACUAAAAAUGCUGUGAAAGCUUUGGAACAAGAUUCAUAUUCCAGUAGUGAUGAAAGUGAAAGUGCUAGUGGUAAUUUACAGAGUGAAAUUCAAAGUGAGUCUCCGUGCGUUUUAUCUAAUUCAGAGUCAUCAAUUAUUUCAACAAAAAAUAUAAAUAGUAAACCUACAGUUAUUAAAAAAGGUAGCAUUUUUAAAACUCGUUCUACUGGAUCAACUAAUGGUAAUAAAAGGCGUGCUCUUUAUAAACAUAAGUGGUGUGACAGUGAUAAAGAGUUAAAAUCAGUCAACAAUGAUAAUAGUAGGAUUAAUACUCCAAGUACUUCGUGUGCAACAUUAAACGAUCCAAAUUUAGUUGCGUUCGAUGAAGAAUUUGAAAAUGCCUCUUUAACACGAAUUGUAACUUAUCCUGAAACUGGAGUUGAUUUAUCAGUUGAUAUAGAAUCUGCUGUUACAAGUAUACGAUGUGGUAAAAAAGUUAAAGGUUUUUAUACUGUUGUAAAAAAUGUUAAGAAAGCGCAUCAAAUUCAAGAGAGUGGCGAGUUUCAAGAAUUUAAUGACGAUGUUGAAUAUAUUUUAGAUACACUUAGAGAAAAUAACCCUAAUGCUACCCGUUGUUUAUCAGCUAUCCGACUUGCAAGUAAGUGCAUGGCUCCUGCAUUUCGAAUGCACGUUCGGGCUCACGGAACCGUAGCUAAAUUUUUUAAAGCUCUUCAUGAUGCGACUACUGAUCAGAGUCUCGCAUUAUGUACUGCUACAGUGAUGUUUGUAUUAAGUCAAGAUCGACUUGCAAUGGAUUUAGAUAGAGAUUGCCUUGAGUUAAUGUUAAGUCUUCUUGAAUCUGAUGCCAGUCAUAAAAAUGCUUUAGAUGAUUGUGGGCUCAGUUAUACCGAACUAUUAAAAAAUAAAGAGAAAGUACGUCAAUUGUGUGCCGAUAUUCAAGGUCAAGGUCACGCGAAACAUUUAAAUUUAGAUAAUAUUACUGUUGGACAAUUGGCAAUGGAAACAUUACUUAGUUUAACAUCUAAACGAGCUGGGGAGUGGUUUAAAGAAGAACUAAGAGAGCUCGGAGGUUUAGAACACAUUAUUAAAACAAUUACAGAAUGUCAUCGCCAUAUCAAAUCUUCCGAUAUUUCACAUACUGGAUGGGACGAGCCAUUGUUAGAUAAAUUAAGAAAAGUUGACAGAUGUUUAAGAGUAUUAGAAAAUGUAACCCAUAUGAACGAAGAAAACCAAGUGUACUUGUUAAAAUAUAAUGAUAGUAUUUUAGUAAUCACGUUGGCUAGUCUUUAUAAUUUUUGUGGAGAAGAAAUUUUAAAAUAUCCCACUGAUGAUUGUAGUGAUAAAACGUCAAAUGGAGCAGUAAUUAGAGAAUGUUUAUUUGCAGUUGUCAAAGUUCUUAUCAACUUAACCCAUCGUUUUAACAGACAAUCUGUUGGUGGAAAAACUGUGGGUCACCAAAAUAAAGUAAUUGAUAAUAGUUUACAUCUUAUAUUACGAGUACCACAAUUUCUUCCAGAAGAAAAGCAAUUUGAUAUUAUGAUGUUAGCGUUAAUUCUUCUUAUAAAUUUGAUAGAACAAUGUGAAGAUAAUAAAAAAUUGCUUAUAAUGUCAAAAACAUUUUCAGCUAACCAAGGAGAAGAAACUGGUUUAGAUGCAUUAAUUAAUCUUUUUUAUAAACAAGAAGAACUUGCUCGUGUAGAAGAGCAAAAAACUGACGCAAUUUUAGAUGGAAAAAAAGAUUGUGAACAGUCAGAAAUGGUUUCUACAACAUCUAAGUCUCAGGAAGAAUUUAUUGAAGAAACCGUUGCAAAACUUUUACAGAAAGCUGGACGACACAUGGAACAUACAUUAAUAGGUGCAUACGUAGUACUUUUACUUGGAUACUUAGUCAUGGAUAAUAAAAUUUAUGAAAAUCUUGUUCGUAAAAGAUUGCCAGAUGACACUUUCGUAACAAUGGUCGCUGUGCUUCAAAAAUUUUUCAAUUUUAUGAAUCUUACAGCAUCGAAUGAAAUUAGUAGUUGCGGAAUUGCUGCCACGGAAAAAGUUAUUAAGUUCCUAAAAAUGUCCGAUGCCAGACUUACAGAUGAUAACAUUGAUUUGAAAUUGGUUUUGGAGGACGUAAAUAUCACGUUAGACCACAGUUCGUCCUAAUUAAAUAAAGAAAUAUUCAUAAAUCUUAUUUUUUGAACCAAAGCCAUGCAUAUAAAUA